AUGAGAGUAUGGAAGCAACGGUUAUUAAAAUAUCCUAAAAUAGUAUCAUGCCAUGAGUCUAGAAAAGGGGAUAAUCUGGGACUCCUCGAUCCAAGGACGGUGGCAGAAAAUUCCACAUUUUUUAUCGAAACUUCUUGCUUGGGGGAUUUAUCAUCCCGCUACGCGUGUGCUGUGGAAUCCGCUGCAAAAGCCAACCCGGACAGACAAAUAUAUGUGUUAUUUUCAUCACCUGUCCCAAGAGCCGCAUUGGAAGAGAAAGCCAUAAUAAAUGUUCUGGAUGAAUCCUACAACAACAUAAAGUUUGCGCGGGUUCUGAUCAAAGAUUUGGUCAAAGAGACGCCUUUGCAGAGCUAUGUCUACAGAUUGGACAAGAAAGAUUUGGACGAACGUGUUCCUCGCAUUCUAAAGUUCUUGACGUUGUACAAAUUUGGUGGCAUUUACUUAAGUUUCGACGUUAUUGUGGCGAAACAAUUUGACCUUUGCGAUAGCUGGUUUGUGAAAGAUACCCCGAAGACAUUUUCAUCGGACAUGUUUGCAUUUUCAAGAAAUAAAGUUGGCAAGAAGCUAGCUGAUACUGCUCUGAGGUACUUAUUUAUCAAAGACUAG